AGAGAGAGUGUGUGUGUGAGAGUGAGAGAGAGAGAGAAAGUGUUGGUGCGCGCGCCCAUGUGACCGAACGGCUCGCGAUGGCGCUGCCGCGGCUGAUGCUGGUGGAGCUCGCGCUGUACGCCUGCUGCUUCGUCUGCGGGAUCAUCACUGCCGCCUCGCUCACUAUCUCUCAGGGUGAUUUUGCGGGCAUGUGUAUGCUGUAUGGCGCUGUACGCUUGAACAGUUCAGAAUACAUUGUAAGCUGGUCCAGCUCUCCCUCCCUCUGUUAUUUUGUUUCGGCCAUCUCUGUCUGCGUGGCCAUCUUCUGCUUCUCCUGUGUCCUCUACUGGGUCUACACAAGCUGCGUGGAGGGAGAGAUCAAAAGGGAGCGUAUAUGGAUGAGUUUGUCUUUGGGUGUGUGUGGACUCUUCCUUUUCUUCCUCCUGGUGACGGGAUGCAUCCUGAAAGUAGGCAGAGACAGACUGUGCGAGACGGUGGUCCAAACAGGGCAAAACAUAACUAGUUGUGAUGAAGCACAGAACAAGCCAUGGAAAAAGCCUUUGAUUGGGACCAGUUUCUACACCAGACUGCAUAGUGCUGAGACGGCAGUGUGGGUGAACUUCUUCAGCUGGGUGAUCAUAGCUGUAUUGGUGUUCCUGCAGCGUAGGUGGGGCUCUGAAUACAGGUCACGGGAGGAGGACCCUGGGGCCAACCCUUCUGAAACGGAACCUUUCUUUAACCGCCCGGGACAGCCUCAGUGAACACGUUUACAAACGCACACAUCCACACACACUGGCAUAGACACACACACACACACACAAAAGAACUUGUGAAUAAACACUCAUGUGAAUAUUCAUCGGAACUAAACACAAGCAAGCAAUCACUCACAGAAACAGAAACACACAGAUUCAGGCACAGUAAUGCUGGGCUAGCUGAAAAGAUACUGUUUUGACUACACCGGUCAGUGCUUUUAGUUUUGCUCACCAGCGAUAUCAAGGCUUUGUUGCCAUGGUUACUGAUCUGCGAUUGGCAGCAGUAGCCUGGCAGUUAAGAGGGAGGGGUGGCCAGAUUGGUCUCUCUGACCUGUACAGAUUUACACUGAGCCUAACCAGCUUAAAUUUGACUAGAUAGCCUAUUUUUACCACUGAAAUGUAUGUAAAGAAUAUGGAUACACAUAUCUUCUGCUUUAGGAGGAAUUACCAGUUUAAAAAAAACUGGUAACACAACAGAAUGGAAAUACACUGACAUGGCUCAUAUCAUGGGACUGGAACUAGUAUCGUGCCCAUUACUUUUGCCAUGCUUGGUCCCAUGUAAGCUAAGAAUGCUACACUAACCUGUGUGGCAUGUGUGCAGGGAAUCCUGCAUUGAAUAUGGAUGUGAUUACUUACAGAGUCCCUCAUCUGUUCGCAUGGACAGUUCUAGCCAGACACUUCCCGUCACAAUCCUUAGUACCCACAGUGUGCAGCGCAAUGCACAGUGACAUAUUACUGGUGCACAUGUGAUACUGUAAAUUGAGAAAUGUUAAAUGUCAGUACAAAUUCAGAAAUGGAAUGUACCAUCUAUCUGGCACCCACUCUGAAAUCUUACUCUAAAUAACAUAUUGAUAAUGAUAAAUCAUGGCCUGCAUGCAUAUCCUUAUGGUCAGUGCAGCAUUCUUUAGCUUUCAUGGACAAUGGCAAAAGUCAUGGGACAUUGUGCUAGUUUCUGCAUGUCAGUGUAUUUGACUGACUGCACAGUAACUUUAAACUUUAGGUACUGUGAGUCUUUGUGUUUGUACUUGGCUCCCCCUGCUGUCUGGUUUUAUUUCUUGCUCGAUUGAAAAUAUAUUUGACCCACAGAAUGUAUAUUGGAUUUUAGUCUAAACUGGAAGUAAAAUAAAGAAUAUAAAUAAAGGUUUUCUCCACUAGUUUUUAGCUACAGUCCUGCCCACUAUGUACCCUCAGGCUUUUUCUCUUCAAAUUUGACAAAAUGCUUGGCUGUAACUGUGUGUAUAAAAGCUUGAGCAGCAGUACUUAAGGGUGUCAUUUGUAGUAGGACUUUCUUAUACACACAAUGGCUCCAGAAAUGUGUGUGAUUGUGUGUGUGUGUGUGUGUGUUUGUAGACCAGCACAGCUUGGGCUGACAGGGACAUAAAUCUACCCAUAGACCUAUGAUAAGACCUGUCUGGGGUGGGCUAGGUGCCAAAAGCAUGCUGCUGUCCACAGCAGUAAAGUACUCAAAGACACAGUGUCCUUCCUGCUGUCCCCCACACAAAGACAGGCUCUGCUCUGUCUAUUUAUUGCCUUAUUACUGACACAGAAUCUUCCUUUAUAUCUGUCCAACUGAACAUCCUGAUUCAUGUUCUUUGUCUCUUUUCACUUUAUUUCUCUGGGCAAUGCAUCGCAUCCCCCAGCAGCUAUAGAUUUCAUUGUUAGUCAAGUACUUUCUGCACUGAUUUGAUUAAAUGAAAUUACCAACUCUU